AGACACAAGAAGAGGAAGAGGAGGAGGCACGUGACACCAUCAGCUGAUUCCACCAAAACAUUCCGUCAUUUUCCUCAUUUUCUCCUCCCCGCCGCUGUCCUUCCCUCCACCAUGGCUGAGGAAAUGAGGAGAAACUUAAUGGAGCUGAUGAAGAGUACCGAUGAUGUGCUUGGAAUUAUUGUCACAGAUCGCGACGGUGUGCCAAUAUUGAAAGUGGCUGAGGAGGAGGCGCCGGAACUAGGAUUGCGGCCGACCUUCAUCUCCACCUUCAACAUUGCCACAGACCAGGCCGGGAAGUUAGGCAUGGGGAGAAACAGCAGGAUGGUGUGUGUGUACGGCCGAUACCAGGUGGUUCACUUCAACCACCUGCCCAUGGUGGUAACGGUCAUCGCCAGCAGUGUUGCCAAUACCGGGCAGCUGCUGGCGCUUGACUCACAGAUGGCACCACUGCUCGCUAGCCUCACCAAUGUUGUUGAUGUGUGAGUGCGUGUGUGUGUGUGUGUGUGUGUGUUGAGGUUUUUGUAUUUCUUUUUUCUUGCCUUCGAUUUUUGUGAUUUUUUUUUUCUUCUGAGUUUGAUUUUUAUUUUUUUAUUUUUUUCAUUUUUCUCGAUUUUUUAUUAGAUUUUUGUGAUUUGUGUCUUUUUCUAUUUUUCAUUUUGAUUUUUUUCGUUUUUUUUAAUAUUUGUUUUCAGAUUUUUCUUAUUUAUUUAUUUAUCUAUAUUUAUUUAUUUAUUUAUUUAUUUAUUUAUUUUUUUUUUUCUUUUUUGUAUUUUUGAGUUUUCUGUGAUUUUUUCCGAAUUAUUUUUCUUCCGAUUGAUUUUCUGUAACCUUUUUUUUCUUUUUUUAUUGUUUAUUUAUUUAUUUAUUUAUUUAUUUAUUUAUUUAUUUAUUUAUCAUUUUUACGUGUUUAUAACGAAAAAUUUGCCUUCAAUAUGGCGAUGACUGAAAGAGUGACGAAUGAAAGGAGUCAGUGUGAUAAAUAUUGUAUUGAUUGUAUUACUAUUAUUAUUAAGUCCACCAUGACACUUUGAUUACAUUUUCUUCAAUAUUAUUAUUAUUAUUAUCAUUUUUAUUAUUAUUGUUAUUAUUAUUUGCAUAUUCAUCUAAACAUAAGCUGGUCUUGAAUUUAUAUAGAUUUUGUAUUAUUAUCGUACUUCAAAUAAAAUAAUAAUAAUAAUAUAGCGAUUUGGAUGUUUAUUAUUAUUAUUAUUAUUAUUAUUAUUAUUAUUAUUAUUAUUAUUAUUAUUAUUAUUAUACAAAGAUGGAAAGAAACUAGAUAAAUGAUAUUACUUGUGCAUUUUAUUUUAUGACAAUAUUUCAGAGUGGUCAUUUUCAAGCAUAUAUUGUUUUGUACCAAGAUAAAAACUAAAUAAAUAAAUAAAAAAAUAUAAAACGAAAAAAAAAAAAA